GUACGGGCUUGCACCAUGCGUUGGGGUGUCACUGUGUGCUGAAACACUGCCUCUGGCAGAUCAGUUCUUCGUCAGGGGAUGGAGCAGAAGCCACCUUUGCAUUUGACAGCUGAGAAGAGGCUGAUCACACAACAAUGCAGCCUCCAUUUCGGAAUGAUGAUCUAGACCUGGAAGCAGCCAUAGCAAGCGCCCGCCCCCAGCUAGUGGAGUUCCUCAGUCACCAUCCCGACUGGCUGCUCACGACUUCCCGGUGCUUCCUCCCAGCGGUGGCCCUCCGAGCAGGCCUCGAUGGCAUCACCGACCACAGAGAAAAAGUCUCAGUUCUUCUUGACUUGCUGGAGAAGGCUGGCCCUGCCACCUGGAAACAAUUUGCACAGUACCUCUGUAUGGAGUGUGACCUCCCCCUCGAUCUGGAGAUACAGCUCAUGAGCUCUGCAGGAGAAGGUAACUCAAGCCAGAAACAAGAAGCAUGCAGAGAUGUGAGUGCCUGGUCAUCUGUGCCGAAAGGGUUUGCUCGGCGUCGCCAUCGCAGCAGCUCUGUGAGUGACAAGGAUGUUAAACAGCCACGACUAGAUUCAGCUGAAAAAUACCGGCAUCUCCUCAUUAAUUAUAUCUGCCAGAGAUAUGGAAGCAAGAGAGCAGCAGAAGCCCAGGAACAAACACAGCCACUGGCUUUCAACCAGGCCUUUGUCAACCUUGUAAUUCGGCAGAGCAAAGCCUCCCGCUUAAAGGAGAAAACAGAUAAACCCCGAGAGGAUAUGGCAAGCGCUCCCGAACCAGAAGAAUGUGCAGAUACAGCUGUGAAAGUGUCAGAUUUGUUUCGUAACGUGGUCCCAUCAGGUGCAACAAAGGUGAUCUUUUUGUUUGGUAAACCAGGUACAGGCAAGACCGUGCUGAUGCACAGGAUCUGUCAGAAAUGGGCAGAAGGUGUCCUACCUCAGUUUCUCUUCACUUUCCUGUUUGAGUUUCGGCAGCUUAAUUUAUUAAAAAGAAAAUUGACUCUGAAGGAGCUUUUGUUUGACCUAUUCCUUCAGCCAGAAGACAGCCCUGAUGCAGUGUUCCAGUACCUCCUGGAAAAUGCCUGGCGUAUACUAAUCAUCUUUGAUGGGCUGGAUGAGUUUGCAGCUAACAUGGACGGGUCAUCCUCUUCUAAGAGAGACCCAGCUCUUACCUCCCGUAUGUCCAUAUCUGAGCUCUUUGCAGACCUCUGUCAUGGGAAGCUCCUACCUGGGUGCACGGUGUUGGUCACCAGCCGACCUAAGAGGCUACCUGACUUCUUAUUAAACACAGUAGAUCUGCUAGCAGAAAUUUGGGGGUUUGACCAUGAGAAGGUUGAGGAAUACGUCGGCCACUAUUUUCAUCAGCAUUCAUUCAAAGAACAAGCCAUUGCUCACCUGAAGAACAACACCAAGGUCCUCAGCCUGUGCCUCAUCCCUGCUCUGUGUUAUGUUGUGUGCAUCUGUUUGGAGUAUUUGCUCCUUAAACAUCAGAUGAGUGUGGAGCUUCCUCAGACUAUGACACAAUUUUAUAUCAAAAUGCUCCUCAUCUUCAUAAACAAACAGCAGGGAGAGUGUGCAGGUGGUGAGGAGACUCAGCUAAACUGUAACAAGAAGGCCAUUUUGGGUCUGUGUGAUCUUGCACUGAAAGGCCUGGAAGAUAAGAAACUUGUAUUUUAUGUUGGUGAUAUUCCAGAGCACGUGAAGGAAUUUGCUUCCUUACAUGGACUGCUGACUGUCUUUGAGGUGAAGACGAGUGGCACUCGCCCAGAGGCUGGCUAUGCCUUUGUGCACUUGAGCUUGCAGGAGUUUUUUGCAGCACUGUGUCUCAUGAUAAGUAAGAGGGUGGACAAGAACUACCUGAAGAAGAAGUUCUCAUUGAAGUCAAAGUGGACUUCAAAGAAUGAGGCAAAGACCGAGUUCAUGGAGAGUUUUCACAUCUUUCUCUCAGGCUUGUCAUCGCAAGAAUGUAGGGUGUUUCUCAUGCUGCUAGCUGAAGAAGAUGAAGCUUGGGUGCAGGAUAAGCAGGACACAAUCCUGCAGUCUCUCAAGAAACUAGCAGCCACUCAUCUGACAGGGCCUAAGGUCAUUGAGCUCUGCCACUGCACGUUUGAAACACAAGACCUCAAACUAGCCCAGCACAUUGGGAGCCUGCUGAAUUUCAAGUACGAGUUUAAAAACUUUAGAUUGACACCUCUGGACAUGUCGGCUUUGGUUUUUGUCGUAAACUCGGGCCAGGAUUUGACUUGUUUGGAUUUUGCAGGAUGUCUCAUGGACAUUGACUGUUUGGAGGUUCUGGCUGGCUGUAGAAAUGUAGAACACUUGAGCUUUCGUAGUAGGAGAUAUGGUGAUGACUUUGCUGCUGCUCUUUCGAAGAGCUUACGAGGGAUGGGGAGCCUGAAGAAAUUAGAGUUGACAGGUGGGAGCGUCACAGCUGAGGGGAUGACUGUCUUGGUCCAGGCUUCGUCACAGUGCUCCCAGCUUGAGGAAAUAAACUUGCAGGACAAUCGGAUACGGGAUCCAGAAGUGAAGAGCGUGCUGGUCCUCUUUUCCAGAAUGGAAAAGCUGAAGAAAAUAGAUCUGAGCAACAACGGUCUUUCCUUGAACACUGUUCUCAUUUUGGCAAAGGAAGUCAUCGCGUGUCAAAAUGCUACUGAACUGCGUGUCAGGGGGGACACGGUGAUGAUAUAUUUUUCCGGCUCAUCUAGGAAAGUUCCAAGGUCUUUGGACUUGAGAUGGGAAGAGAGUAAGGAACAUGUAACUCCAACUAGAUUUGUGAAGUUAUGCUUGCAGCAUUGCAGCCUGUCUUCCCAACAUGCGAAGGAGAUCGUGGCCAUUCUCCAGAGCUGUCCAUGUCUCUCCGAAGUGGAUUUAUCAGGUAACAAGCUUGGAGAUGAAGGCUGCCAUUGCCUGCUGGAAAACCUCCCUUGGAUAUCAAUUUCAAAGGAGCUGGAUCUCAGUCAAAACUGCCUCUCUGUCAAUGGCAUUUGCAGUCUGUUGAAGUCGGUAAAUACCGUCCAGAAGAUGCUGGAGGUGCAAGUCAGCCUUUGUCGUCAGACUGCAGUCCUGAGGUUUACAGAAGACAGAGAGUUUGCAUCCCUUCCUCCUAGGGAAGAGCCUGUGUUCUCUACUGAUGACCAACAAUACGGAGAGGAAAACCAGACACCUACUGGCCCCCAAAAAAUAAGACUGACAGACAGUCCUUUUCAAGCCAGUGACCUGGAGAAGCUGUGUGCAGUCCUGAAGGAGUGUCGCAGCAUCUCUGAGCUGGACCUAUCAAAUAAUUAUCUGAGAGACGAGGGACUUUUGCAGCUGUUUCAGUUCCUCCCGAAUUUGAAAAUGUUAAGAUCUCUCAAGCUUAAUGACAACCAGAUCUCCCUGAACUCUGUGUUUUUCUUAGCUCAGUCCUUGUCUACACUGGAACGCAUUAAAACAAUGAACCUCAGCUUAGGACACACACAGGUGGUUCAUCUAACCUUUUGGGAAAGAAUAAGGGUCAGAAGUACCAGCAGAUGGAGAAGUAGUUUCCUGGCGCAUCCCAAGCAUGAAGCAAAAGGACGGUGCUUUCGUCUCAGCGACUGCACAGUGGAUCCUGAGGAUGUGACCAGGCUGUGCCAGAUACUGACUCAAUGUCCCCAGCUGACAGAAAUUGAUCUGUCUGGAAAUUCCUUGAGUGACCAGAGCAUUGAGAGAUUGCUGAGAUUCCUGCCGCACCUCUGUCAUCUGACACUACUGAGUAUUAGGAACAACAAACUUUCCCCGUGUUGCACUGUCUUACUUAUCAACUCCAUCAAUCUCUGUGAGCGGAUCAGGCUGGUAGAAGUCCGGUCAAGUGAAAAUGCUUUUUUGCAUUUAGGAGCAAGCACGCGAAGCCAAAAGACGUCUUGCAGGCUGAUGGACUGUGCCAUUGGUCAGGGGCAGACAGAUGAGCUCUGCAGAGUCCUGGAGCAGCGUGGGUGGCCGGCAGAAGUGGAUCUCUCCAGGAAUCAGCUAGGAGAUGAAGGCCUGAGGUGCCUCUUGGACCACUUGCAUCGAGUGCCUGUUACCUGUUCCCUCAAUCUCAGCUGUAAUAGGAUUUCUCAGGAUGGAGUUCUGCAUCUCAUAAAUGCCUUUGCCACAUCUGGAAAUACUACUGAAGUUCAAGUCAGUUUGUGCUCCAAAGCAACUUUAAUCAUCAAGUUGACAAGCAGAGGUGACCCAAGAAAGAUUCUGAGACUCGCAGAGUGCAACUUUCAUCCAGAGCACUUGGAAAAGUUGUGCUUGCUCCUGGAAAAGUGCGCUGGUCUGACAGAGUACAUAUCCUCAAAUAACAACGUGACAGUCCAAGCUGCAGAGAGACUUUUGCAUUCACUGAGGAAAAACCCGGGUCCUCUGAAAAUCAGCAUAGAAGAGCCGUGGGUAUGUAAAGAAAGUGUCACAAACCUUCUCGAGCUGGCUUUCCAGGCCUGUGGAAACGUUACUGAGAUCACGAUAUGUAAAGAUAAAACCCUCUUCCAAUUAGGUGUAAGUUUCCCACGCUGCCCAGAGAAGCUGGAAUCAGUCACCUGCAGACUGAAUCUGUACAAGCCGGAAAUCAAGCAAGCUUGCUUUUACCAAAGGGUUCAUGAAAAAUGUGCUCAGCUUCAGGAAUUGAGAUGGUCUCAUGUCGAGCUCCACAACGAUGAAGCAGAAAUGCUAGUCAGGAUUUUGCUGCCUCUCCCAGAGCUGAAGAAGUUUGGGUUUACCUCUAGCAGUAUUAUGCCAACUGGAAUCGAUUACUUGAUCAUGGGCUUGCAGAAAUGCCAGGCCAUUGAAGAGCUCAACCUGGGCGACAUGAAACUCAGCAGCUCUGCAGUUCCUAAGCUUGUGCUGGGACUUCGUGAAAUGCCGUCUCUGAAAAGGCUUAUCUUGAACCAUAACAGUAUUGGGAAUGAUGGUUGCUCCAGACUAGCAGAAGCCUUGAGGAAUAUGCGCUACAUGGAGGAAAUCAAUUUAAGCCACAACAAAAUUGGAGAUCCAGGCCUGAUAAAUCUAGCGGCUGUCCUGCUGGAAAUGCAAAACCUGAAGAGAAUCGACCUUUCAGGGAACAGUCCUAGUCCUGCUGGAGGGGAAAAGCUGAUGGAAGCUCUUGCCUAUUGCAAUCUCAUCGAGGAGCUACUACUGUCAAGGAAUGCUUUUGGAGACAGGACGGCAGUGAAACUUGCCCUCUGUCUGCCUCACAUGACCAACCUCAAGAUCCUUUACUUGCAGAACAAUAACAUUGGUCCAGCAGGAGGGAUGGAGCUGGCCAGAGCCCUGGUGGCAUGUGUGCUGCUGGAAGAGAUAAGUUUAUCAGAAAAUAGCCUUGGGGAAGGAAGUAUCCACGCCCUGUCUGAGGGGCUGCCACGCUUUGAACACCUCCGGAAGAUCGACUUGAAACUGUGUGGAAUCACUGAUGAUGCUUCAAAAUCACUUUCUCACGGCUUCCGACAAUGCCCUUCCAUGGAGGAGAUAACACUGUCUUGGAACGCCCUUGGUGAUGGAGGAGCCCAAGAGUUGGCCAGUGCUCUCCCAGGGAUGGAAAAGCUGAAGAUGUUAGAUCUGGAGAAGAAUCGCAUUGGCGCCUGUGGGGCCACAAAGCUGGCAGAGGAACUUGCCAAGUGCCCGGAAAUUCAGUGCGUAAGGCUGUGGGACAAUCCAGUGCCCAAGGGCCUUGCCGAGAAUUUGACAAGCCAAGACCCGAGACUGUGUUUCUAGUAGCAAAGAGGAGCCCUUGCCCGAUGAGGAAUUGCUCUCCGUCUUUCACUGCCCUCAAAAAUUGCACUGAAGAACCCAGGAAAUCAAAGUUCCUACAGUUAAAAACUGUGUCAAGUCUUCCUUCGUUGCACUGAACCAAGUGUGAAUGCUUAGCGGUGUUUUGUUUUUUUGUGUGCUUUUAUUGUACAGAAAAGCAAAAGAUGGUGAAGAAUUGCUGCUGAGAAGGCAGUGUUAUUGGUGUAAAAACAAAAAAAAAAAACUCUUCAAGAGGAUUAGAUGCACCUGCUCAGGCAUUCAGAAAGCCAGCAGAGUAUUUAAUUAUCUUUAAUCAAGAUUACAACACCGACAGGGUGUUCCGAUAAAAGAAUGCACAUCCUCUGGGAGAGAAUGUAAAAUUAUUUACAAAAUUGUAAACUACUGACCCUGUUAGAAAUGCAGGCUGUUUGAAAAUUGUGUAUAACUGUGUGCGAAAUACCUCUGUGAUUUUUAGGCAAAAAGUGGCGGUACGAUAUGUGUUUUUGUUUGCUUCAUAUCAGGCUCCUUUUCAUACAGAAUUGCCUCAGUUUCCUAGUAGAAACGUCAAGACUCGUGAAACUUCAAAUCAUUGGCCAAAAAUGAUCAAUAUUUAUCCUGUGACGACAGGUCAAGGCUGAUAUCACUGUAAAUUUAAGUGAGAAACUUUACAGCACUGAGGUUGUAAAACAAUUUGGAAGAAAGCUGGGGCAGUUCUGUGUGAGAGGACGUGCACUACUGACUAUUUCACGUGGGGUUUUGUAGAUUUUUUGGCGGGGGGCGGGGGGUGGGUGGUUUGGAAGACUCAAUUGCACUGUUCUCUUUGAGGUGAAGCGAGGGGUCAGUCAGCUUGAACUGUUGGCCGCAUGGUAGAUCCUUCAGGCCUCUACCGUCCCCUGGAUCCCGAAGCCUACACGUCGCUGGGCAGUGGAUGUUGGACCUGUGGGGACUGGAGGGAGAAGAUCCCCAACGCUGAGUCCGCUGGUCAGCGGAGAUGGGCUGCAGAUGGACUCCGUGCCCCUCGCGUGCGUGGAACACCAGCUCGCGGUGCAGCACGGCGACCACAUUGGUCUCAUUUUUUAGUGACUUGGGUUACAAUGGUUUCCUCGCCUGUCUGUGCUGUAAAUAUUUAAUCCUUGCGGCGGAUUUAUUUAUGGAAUUUUGUUUACAGCACUGUGUUUGCCUGGGGAGACCAAACUGAUCCGAUGUGGGCAGGGCGGGUGUUUGGAAUGAGCUGGAAAUGCUGGUGCAGCAAACCUUGGGGCAGAGGACGUGGGCAGCUGGUGCCUGUUACUCCUGGGGGAGCCGCUGUCCUUAUUUAAGGAUCAGCAGUAGGCUCUGUGAGAUACUGGCAUUGUUGCAUAGAGGCGGGGUGCGUUUUGCAGAGACCGUACUCUGAAAAGGGUUUAAAAGCUAUAACAAAGAAAAAAAAAGUCAUAAAAUUCCUUAUCAGGCCAUAAUUCAAUGAAGUAAUCAAGUACUGGAGUUUAGGAAAAGCUUCGCCAAAUGUGGCUUUAAUUGCAUCCUGUAUUUUCAGAUCUAGUUAGCGGAUGCGAGUCUUCCCAGCGCCCAACAGAGGAAGAGGGUGGCACAAAAGGCAGCGUGAUCACGUACUGAAAGGUGUCUUGGUGCUGUGAGCUCUUCGCAGCUUCCAAGGUGAGCGUGUUUGUCAGCUGGGCUCUUCUCGGGCCCUGGUCUCCCGGGGCUUCUUUUGGAAAUACAAGAGGUUGGACAAAGUUUGCAGUAACCGUCCGUUUCAGUCCGGGCUGUGAGCUGAAAAUUCAUUUUUUCCUGCAUUUGAAACGUCAUUUUGGUAGGACUAAGUACUAUGUGUGAUAAAUAAUAGAGGUUGAGUUUUACUCAGUGUGAAGAAGGAAAGUACUAGGAUUGGACUUUUUAUUGCACUUUGUGAUGGCUGUUUUGUCAUCGUCAGUAGCAGCCAGAGCCUUGUGCUGUUACCACAGGCCCAUAUACCGGGGGGAGAACCAGACGGUAUCGCUGUCAAACACAUCUUUGUUCAGCUCCGUUGUAUCGUCUCCUUGGUGCCACCCACUCCUGCGUUUGAUUUGUUCAGGUGCCGCGAUAAUUUAUUUUCCUUCUUUACUGGUGUGAAACAUGCCUUCUCACUUAUUGGUUUUCCUCCUUUUUUUAAUGGGGAAAAAAGUGCUUUGACUGAAUAAGUUGAGAAUGCCGCUUUGGUGAGUGCUUGACUUUUCAAGGCACUUUUGCUUUGUGUCUUGGGUGCUAACCCUAAAUGGGUAGAACAGCUACUGCGGAGAGAUCUCUUGGGUUUGGAUCAUGGCGUUGGAUUAUUUUCCCUUGCAAUGAAACGCACUAUUUAAAAAUAAAUGAGACCUGACAUUCCCCCCUGCAGUUCCGCUGACUCCUGCAGUUAAGAAGCGUGCGUCUAUACCAUGAGGUUUGUGGGAACAUAACGAGGCUGCUGCUGCGGCACUUUGCUGGACUUGAGAUGCUAAAGAGUGCCUCUGAAACCUAGAUGCGUUUCUCAGGUUCUUCCCCAAAUUCAGGAUUAGCUCCCAGACGGGUGUCUGCCUGACCUGAGAGCGGCCAUCCCAGCGCAAGCCAGGGAAGGGACUCACAGGACAUCACAGUAUCUUUUCCAGAACACCAGGUGUCAGCAAACCCCCAAAAAUGGGAAGCGGUUGUCUCUAGUCCAGCGAUUUUUUGACUAAAAGCAGGCUCUGUGCUGUAUUUGGAGUGCGUGGGUUGCAUUUUAAAAAACAAAAAAAUUGAGAUUUGGAUUGAGCUGUAUGUGAAACACAAGAAGACAAUCAGUCCCUAGUUUGUGUCUUACAUCAGAUGCCAAGGACUUUUGGGCCGCCCUUCCCCAGCGUGCUUCCCAUUUUCCUUGUGCUGCCGAUGCCCAUGUUCCCAGCUUGCGGUCGUGUCUGAAAGUUUCCAAGGGGAAACUGAAGGCUUUGUCCAAUUUUGCGGGGUUGAAUGAAUCUUCUGGUAUGCAGGAAGACGUGAGGCCAUUGGGGAUUGUGUGUGAUGGCUGAAUACCAAACCGAUUCCCAAAUAGAUAAUUAACGUGGGCCAUUUUUAGAGCUAUU